GUCAACUUUAAUUCAGUAAUUUGUUGCAUAGCGUCGCGAGUGGGAAAAACUUUGUAAAAUAAGAAAGUUAGUUUAGUGUUUAAUAAUUUAUUUUUUGAAGUGAAAAUAUAAAAAAUGUCGCAAAAAGUGGAAUUAGUGCACGAUAAAAUUCCAAUACUCUGUCGGUCGGUUCGAAAGUUUCCUGUCGUAUACGAUCGCGGACAUAAAGAUUAUCAUAAUAGAGCCCUGUAUGAGGAGGCUUGGGCAGCAAUAGCAAUUGAAUGCGAAGACACAGUCAAUAUAUGUAAAAAUCGGUGGAAAUCAAUUCGGGAUAGUUGUAGGAGGUCUAUUCGAAACGAUCGUUCGCCUAAGAAACGAACUUCGACUCGUAUGAAGGAUAAUUAUGUAGCUGAUCUUGCUGAAUUUUUAGUUCCUCAUUUACAAAUGAAUGAUGAAAACGAUGAUAUGGAACGGUUUGGUAAUGAAGAUCCAACAAACAAGGAAAAAGAUGCUAAGAAAACUAAAUUUAAUUCCUCGAAAACAAUUGAUCCAUCAACUAUAGGCAAAGAGCCUUCAUUUACAAAUGAGGAUCAUUCACAUGAUACAUAUAUGAUAUCUAAAAAAUCUACUAAAGAGAGUAGUACCCUAGUAUUGAAAAAGACAUCUGAUAUAAAAAAAAUAUUAGAUAUCGACAAAGACGACGAUGAUAUGGAACAUGAAAAAAGUAAUGAUGCUAAUAAAGAUAAAGAUAAUGAUAUUGAUGGUAAUAAUGAUAUUGAUGAUGAUAUACCACGCAGUUCUUAUCGACGCAGUUGCAAAAAAAAUUUAGAUAAAAACGAUACAAAAAAAUCUAAAGUAACUCCAAAAACAGUAACAAAAAGAUCAUAUCGUAAGAUAAACCCAAAUACAAAAACUAAUGUAGAUCUUCAGGUUUCAGAUACAGAAAACGAAGAAAUACCACCGGCUAAGUUUGCAAAAGUUCAAACUGAAAUAAUUUCUGAAAAGCAAACAGGUAAUGAAAGUCCUUCAGUACCACCAGCAGCAAAAAAAAUUCUUGUCGUGAAUACGAAUACUACUAUAAAACCUGUAAUGUGUGAGAAAUCGGUACAAUUUGAUACGAAUAGAUCAGUGGAAGAUAAAUAUUUUGAUAUAUUCAAACCUUAUAUAAAGACCAUGAAUAAACGACAGCUCAUCGUGUUAACUGAAAAUAUUUUUAAAGCUAUAGUUACGACUUUAGAUGAUUGUAGAGAUUUUAAUGGUGCAUCAACACCAGUUGCUAAUGAAGUCAGCAAACGGCUAUUUAAGGAAAGUCUCGGCAACCGAGAAAUGCAUUUAGUUAAUGAAAUGGUCAAUUUAAUUCUAGCUGCAAAACACACACCUGACUCUGUGAUUGCAAGUCCACCGAGCAAAAAAGAUGAAGAGAAAACAGUUGAAAAUAAAUCAGAUUCAGUACCAAAGAUAGUUGUUAGAAAACCAAUAGAACUCCGCAGUAAUGGGUCUGUAUAUAGUUUUGCAACUCCUACUGGACCAGGAGCCAGACCCGGAUCAGGAGUACCAUGCAGAGUUUUGGAAAAAGUAGAUGGUGAUAAACGCCGAAUAUAUCGAAUUAUCCCCAAGACUAAUAUAGUCAAUAAUGCACCAGUUACAGGCAAUACUCUUUCUGUCGUAAGUAGCCCAACAAACUCUUCCAAUCCCAUGACUUUGCAUGCUUCAAAUACAACUGUUACUACUACUGCAAAUAUUACUGCACCUACUUUUACUACUUCUUCUAUCACUUCACCUUAUUCAUCUAUUACGAUUCUUGGUACCUCAUCUAUGGGUACUGCUACGACUGCUACUGCUUCUGUGGCGUCUUCUUCAAAUUCAGUACCCACCAAUCAAUCUGGACAACAAACUGCAAAUAUACGUACUGUUAAUUGGGCAGCACCAAGUUCUGUGGUUACAACUUCUAGUGCAGCAUCGAAUUUAGUCACUCGGAAUGUAAUUAGUCGGGCUCAAGUUAGUGCUGUUCCAGCAGUUAAAUUUGCUAAUCGCCGCUUUUCUAUUUGUGACCCCAGCGUAUUAAAUAGAACCUCCACUGCGGGUAUAAGCGGCACGUUGUCACCGUUUAUAACAGCUUUACCAAAAAACAAUGCAACUCAACGUAUAAUAGCAGCACAAUCAAUACAACUUGCAAAUGGACAGCGCGUACGCCCAAUUACUUUAUAUGAUAAUCAGAAUGGCGUUUUCAUUUCCACAGCUCCAACUGCUACGACAUUUUCACCAAUGAAGACUAAUACACCAACUACAGUGUCCACAGUAAACGCUGUGCCUAGCUUGACACCAAUACAAAAAACGACAGUACCAAUUGUUAUGGCACCAUUGAGAAUAAGUCCUAAUGUUGCAGUUAAAAAUGUUUCUACCGCAAAUAAUGCUAGAGCAAUAAAUAAUUUGAGUGCUAGCCUCUUAAGACAAAAUGCACCAAUAACUGCUCCAAAAGUUGUUCAAAAACCAGUUCAGAAACCAACUAAAGUAAUCAGAAAAAGGGCGAGCAAACCACAACCACCACCCGACAACAGUGAUUCUCAAGACGAAACUGCUGGCAUUAUAGCAACGGAUGAGUUGGGGCCAUGGAUUAAGAAUGAACCACUUGAUGAAUUAAAUUUCUAAUUCAGUUUUAAUAAUAUUGUUUAUUUUUAUUGAUUUAAUAUUUAAAAUACUUAA